AUGUAUCCAAAUCAAAGACAACAUGAACCAGCGAUACGAUACAAUGCUAAUCAAGCAUCACUCGGCUAUGUACAACAACAGCAAUAUCCCACUAUUUCUCAACAACAACAAUAUCCCAUUCAUUCUCAACAACAACAAUAUCCCAUUCAUUCUCAACAACAACAAUAUCCCAUUCAUUCUCAACAACAACAAUAUCCCAUUCAUACACAACAACAACAAUUAGGUUAUUAUCCACCACCACCAAUUUCAACAGGUCAAGGUCAAUUUGUAGCACCUCCACCACCACCGUUUAUUCAACAACAGGGUUUCUGGCACAGUCAGUCGUGGACAAGUCGUUGGCCAAUUUUUCCGUCUACUAUUCUUGCCGUUGUUCAAUCAAUAUUAUCAGUCAGUAUACUUGCAUGUGAAAUAGCGUCCAUAGGCAGAUAUUUUACCUAUUAUACCGGGCUAUGGGGCUUGAUUUUUUUUGAUGGUACAUGGAUAUCGUUGUCUACUCAUGCUCGCCGUAAAACACGUGUUACAGCUACAAUAGCAUUUGUUUGGAAUUUUUUAUCAUUUAUAAUGUCUUGCGUGUUACUUGAUCAAGCGAGUAAAGCAAAUAAUCGUUACUCCGCGGCUGUACCACAACUUCAAAUAGCAAAUGGAGUAUUCUUUUUAAUAACAACAUUGGUCUACAUGACACUUUAUAUUGUUUUUAACAUAAUUGUUUUCUUAGCCGAUCGUCGUAUGGAGAAUAAUAAUAAACAACAAUUUACAUCACUGCCAACGGAUGUUUCGUCCGAUACUAAAUUCACACCACCGCAGCCACCACCAUUAUACUCAGCAGCAGAGUCGGAACAGUUUUAA